UUACGGCGAGCGCCGGCAGAUGUAAUAUCACAGAGCGAUGCUGGAAUGCCAUGACGUCGCCGGGAUACAAGCUGUACUCGCUUACGCACGAGGUGUUCUAUUUGGAGAUCGGCGAGCAGUACGGCUGUAUGUCGGGGAUGGAGGUGCUCGCUCGCGCGCACAACCGUAACACCGUCGACGGACUGCAUCGACGCUUCUGCGCCGACGUCUACCGCGACGCUGUACGCAUCUACAAGCAAGGAGCGCCGGACGGCACGCAGGAUCUCUUCAUGGAACAAGCCGCUCUCUGUGGGAUGCUCGGAUUUCGAGACUUCGCUAGACCCGAGUGGCUCGACGGUAUACUGAGCUGGCAGCACCGCUCCGGAUGCUACAAGAUACAGGACUACAGCCACAUAUUCGAGGACUAUCUGACUAAGGAGGUGGCUGCAGCGAACCGUGUGAAGCGAGAGGAGGCAGUGCUGGCGGGAUACUGUCUGGCUCACAAGACCACGGUUGCGGCUGGUGCUCUGUCACAGCACAUUCGAUACUUGCUGGAGACGCUCACGUCUGCAUGAAGGCUGUACAGAUCGAGUGAAAGCACGACGUACGCAGAUAAAGCAUCACACAUAUAUAUUCAUAUAUAUAGCGAGACCGCGAGCUAAUAACUAGAAGAAAAUGAGCGAGAGCGAGAAAACGCGGAGCAGACAAAUGGAUGCGUUGAAGACUGCGAGAGGAGAGAAAGCCAGAAUGCAAGAGAGAUAGAGAGGUAGAGAGGUAGACUGAGAAAGUGAGAGAGAAAAGAAAGAUGACGGAGAAAGAUGCGAGGGAGUGAGAAACCAUGCAGUGAGACGCGCACGCGCGUGCGGUGUAUUCGGCGCAACGAACUCGCCGCUUUAUGUACGCGACACAACACUAACAGCCGUACUGAUGCAGAAAAGGCAAUUAACAUGCCAUAGAAGUUGUUCACUGCAACAAAAUACCCCUGUAUUCGCUCAGUAGCGCGUGGGCUUCUCCUUUAAUCAUCAUGACGCUGCUCGCGGGGGGAUUGCCAUUAGUCAAGUGGUGAUUCGCGUUGGCAUAUACAGCAUGGGUAAAACAAUCGGCUAUAUAUAUAGUGUGUGUGAUUGUCGUCAUACCAAGCCGCGUUUUUUUGGCAACGGCACGUCCACAGAUUAGCAACUUUGAUGUGCGUCUCAAACAACAGCUUAUACGUAUCAGAUGGUCGUUAUGUUCAAUCGAGUUAUUUUUCGGUUGAAUUAAGUGAAAUAAAACGCCGUCGCAUAAUUUUAUGUGAUCGCAGUCGGAGCGUA